GAAAGCUUAAAUGAGCUAGCUAGCAGUAAACAUUGAAUUCGACCUUGUUUUAUGUCUGUUAAAGUUAAAGCAGAGAGAUGUCAGUUGUGACAGUUCAGCUGGGGCAGUGUGGUAACCAGAUUGGACAGGAGCUGUUCGACGUCAUUAGCAACGACUCCAACGAUGCACGAACAUGCAGCCCCAGAGCCCAAGGGAAGGCGUACCAUGCCUGCAGCCAGGAAAGGUUCUUCAACGAGGAGGCUUCGGGAGAUCCCUCUGCCCGGGCUGUCCUCAUUGACAUGGAGCCCAAAGUCAUCACUCGGACCAUUGCCACGGCAGCAAAGUCUGGCAGAUGGAAAUAUGGGGAGCAGUCAUUCUUCUGCCAGAAGCAGGGCUCUGGAAACAACUGGGCCAAUGGGUUCCGUGUGCAUGGGCCCCGUCACCAGGAGGCCAUGGGGGACCUGGUGAGGAGAGAGGUGGAGCGCUGCGACCGCCUGGCGGGCAUCCUCACCAUGAUGAGCGUGGCCGGGGGCACGGGGUCGGGGGUGGGCACCUAUGUCACCCAGUGUCUCAGAGACGACUACCCGCACACCUUCAUCCUCAACCAGCUGACCUGGCCCUACUGCACUGGGGAGGUGAUCGUCCAGAACUACAACUCAGUGCUCACGCUGUCACAUCUGUACCAGUACUCUGAUGCCAUCCUGGUCCACGAGAAUGACGCAGUGCACAGGAUCUGUGCUCAGCUCAUGAACAUCAAACACAUCUCCUUCAGCGAUGUCAACAAGGUCAUCGCUCACCAGCUGGGCAGCGUGCUUCAGCCCGCGCACACAGGACACACACACAGUCAGUACAGCAGAAACCCAAUGGGGGAGCUGAUGAGCAGUCUGGUGUGCCACCCUGAGUAUAAGCUCCUGAGCCUGUGCACCAUCCCUCAGAUGGCCAGCUCCUCCCUGCCCUACAGCGCCUUCUUCUGGCCAGGCCUGCUCAAGCACCUGAGACAGAUGCUCAUCUGCAGCGCCAGGAUGGAGGAAGGUAUUGACUGGCAGGUGCGUGCACCGUCUGUGGGACAGGGGGCAGCAGAGACCAGAGGAAUCCGGGAGCUAGGAUUCAACACCUCCCUGGCCAACCUCCUGAUACUGCGAGGCAAGGACGUGUCCAGCGCAGAUACAGGUGGCUUUUUGGAUCCAGCGCUGUAUUGCCCCUGGCUGCCAGCAGAGGGAGCCAUCAGCACUUGGAGGUCACCGCUUCCCUUCAAUAAAUAUGAGAAAUCAGCUACGCUGGUCAGCAACAGCCAGUCUCUCCUGAAGCCCCUGGACCACAUGGUGGGGAAGGCCUGGAACAUGUUUGCCUCCAGGGCGUACAUUCAUCAGUACACCAAGUUUGGAAUCUCAGAGGAGGACUUCCUGGACUGCUUCACAUGCCUGGAGCAGGUCAUCUCCAGCUACAGGUACCUGUAACCCACACCUGCAGAUCCUUGGAGCAGGUCAUCUCCAGCUACAGGUACCUGUAAGACACACCACAUCCCUGGAGCAGGUCAUUUCCAGCUAAAGGCACCUGUAAACCACACCUGCAGAUCCCUGGAGCAGAUCAUCUCCAGCCACAGGCAACAGU